AAAAAUCCUGUGAGCAGAGAGGAAGCCAUGGAGGAACUGAUAGACGUGAUUGAGUCAACAACACCAGACAAAUUUACACCAAGAAUAGUUGAAAGAAAAGAAGACUAUAUCCGUGUGGAGUAUCAAAGCUCAAUCUUGGGGUUUGUGGAUGAUGUCGAGUUCUGGUUUCGACCAGGCAAGGGUUAUACUGUGGAGUAUCGAUCUGCAUCUCGAGUGGGAAACUUUGAUUUUGAUCUGAAUAGGAAAAGAAUAAAGGCACUGCGACAAGAGUUGGAGAAGAAAGGAUGGGCAUCUCAAGACACAAUAUGAUGAAUAAACUAAGGCCAAAGUCAUAUUAUCGUCAUCAUCUAAGAAAACAUUAUUUCACACCUUGUGACCUUCUAUACUUUAGUAAUUGAAAAAAAUCUCACAAGAUCAUCAAUGAAAGCAAUAUUUUAUUUGAUGAUUAGAAUUGUGGAAAUCAUUGAAAAUAGUACUCCAAACUCUCGGGGAAGAAAUGGAACGAAGAUGUAGAUCCAUAUCUUCUUGAAGUUCAUUAACUUGUCAACUUGUUUACAGUGAAUCAUUCUUGUUUCAAGAAUUUGAUUUGUUGUGGAAAGUUUGUCUUUGCUUCUUCUUGUAUUAGAAGUGACCUUUGUAGAGUGUGUGAGAAACACCGAAUUAAUCACAGCAUCCUUAUUACAUAACACACACCUCACAAAAAAAGUCUCUAUAUUUAUCUGUAAUUAUAGUUGUGUUUUUUAUGACCAUUUUACAACUCCAAUGGUAAUGUAUUUAUACUAGUCUAUAGAAGGAAUGGAAGCCACGUAUUAAAUGUAGGUAUUAUUCUAACUUUGAGCAUAUAAAUAUGUAGGCAUCUUAUCCUUUGGCUUAAUUGCAGUUACAUAUAGUUGAAU